AUGGUGUCUGAUAAAAGCUGCCGUGUUUAUGUUGGUAAUCUUCCAUGGAAGGCAAAGUGGCACGAUCUUAAGGAUCACAUGCGACAAGCUGGAAAUGUUAUUCGAGCAGAUGUCUUUGAAGAUGAAGUUGGCCGUUCUAGAGGUUGUGGAGUAGUUGAGUACUCAUUCCCAGAGGAAGCUCAGAGAGCAAUCAAUGAAUUAAACAAUACUACAUUACUUGAUCGUCUAAUUUUUGUGCGUGAGGAUCGUGAAGAUGAAUCAAGUAGAUAUGGUAGGAGAUCAAACAAAUGGAAUAACAGGGGAUAUGGAAUGAGAACAAGGACUCAUGCUCCAAGACCUCCUCUGAAAGAAGAGAAUAAGGGAAAACAGGUCUUUGUUACCAAUUUGGCUUGGAAAACUACACAAGAAGAUCUUGCUAAGGCUUUUAAUGAAAUUGGUGCUUUGGAAUCUUGUGAGGUUUUCUACUUUGAAGAUGGAAGAUCACGAGGAAUUGCCACAAUUGUUUUUGCGGAUCCUAACCAUGCACAAAUUGCUGUGGAGAAACUUAACGAUCGUGAGAUAGAUGGUCGCGAGAUAUUGGUUAGAAUUGACCAGUAA